AAAUUGCAAACAAAAAGCAUUGGGCGAAGCACAGUCCUCUCUCCAGUUCACAUCUCUGCCUCUCUCUCUCUCUCUCUACUGUAUCUCUUGUAGAGAGAGAAUUAUGAGAGAGAACGACAUACAUUCUUUCACAGCGACGAGUAAAGCAGAAAUCAUCUUCUCAUUGUGUUAGGGUUUUCUUGCAACCUAAAUAUAAUUCUCCAAAUUUGUUGUUUAGAAGUUUUUUUCUCACAGGAUACCGUAGUCCCCAGAGAAAAGCAAAGGAUAUGGAGAAAUACCAGCUAGUUGAAUGCUGCUAAUCUUCUCUGCUUUGGCUUGAAUCGGAGGAUCCGAUUGCGUUAGCUGAGAUCUUGGAUGCGGACUUCACGGGGGUUUUUCGUUCGUUCCCAAUCUGCAUUAUAGCAGCGGUGCUUCUUGCUAUAUUUCUUCAAAGUUCUACGGUCGUACCAAGCAUUAUCAGGAGCUAGAGUACUUUUAUUCCACGAAGAAAGGCUGGUUGGAUGAAGUGCUUUGGGAAAAGAUAAAUACUUGAAGUUCUGUGAAGUGAAAAGGAAAUGAAACCGGAGACGCCUCUGGAUUUUGCUGUAUUUCAACUGUCACCUAGGCGUUCACGUUGCGAACUAUUUGUUUCUAGCCAUGGCAACACAGAGAAACUAGCAUCGGGUUCAGUGAAGCCGUUUGUAACUCAAUUAAAGGCUGCAGAAGAGCAGUUUGCUCAUGCAGUCCAGACAAUUAAGCUUGAAGUUGAGAGGGGUGGAGAUGGUUGGUUCACGAAAGGAACCCUUGAAAGGUUUGUGCGUUUUGUUAGCACGCCUGAGAUAUUGGAGUUGGUCAAUACAUUUGAUGUGGAGAUGUCUCAAUUGGAAUCUGCUAGAAGAAUAUAUUCUCAAGGGGAAGGUGAUCGGCAUUCUGGCACAUCGGGUGGGGAUGGAACAGGUACAGGCUCAACAGAUGAAACCAAGAAGGAGCUUUUGAAAGCUAUCGAUGUACGCCUUGUUGCAGUUAAGCAGGAUUUGGUCACAGCUUCUGCUCGUGCAUUAGCUGCCGGUUUUAAUCCCAGUACAGUGUCUGGCCUUCAACUAUUCGCCGAUCAGUUUGGUGCCCGUCGCCUCACCGAAGCGUGCUCUAGUUUCAUUUCUGUUUGCCGGAGGAGACCGGAACUUAUUAACACGUGGGCUCCAGGUGUCGAUGACCGAGCCAUCAGAUCUUCAUGUGGGUCAGACAUGUCAAUCGAUGACAUCAGUGAAGAUCCUGUUGGAACUCAUAUCAAGGCGCAAAACCAAACACAGAGUAAGCACGAUCCACAAUUUGGUACAACUUCACAAACUGAAGAACAAUAUUCCCAACUGGACGAAUCAAGAUCCACCACGUGUCAACCGGCCAAAUCCUCUGCCACCUUCUCGAGCCGACGCAACGUAAACUUGAAAGACGACACGAAGGUGGAGACGGGCACCGAAAACUUGGAGAAAGAGAAGAAGGAAGAGGAGACUCCGACGGAAUCGUCAUCAACUCCUGUGGGUCGGCCUGCCAGGCGUCUCAGCGUCCAAGAUCGUAUUAACCUUUUUGAGAACAAACAGAAGGAAAAUACCAGUGGCAGUGGAGGAGGCAAACCCGUUUCUGGAAAACCUCCGGAAUUAAGAAGGCUCUCUUCAGACGUUUCAUCAGCGCCAUCGGUGGUGGAGAAGGCGGUUUUGAGGAGAUGGAGUGGUGUGAGUGAUAUGAGUAUUGAUUUCAGUAAUGAAAAGAAGGACGUGGAGAGUCCAUUAUGUACACCUUCCUCAUCUUCAAUUUCUGAUACCAAGUCUAAUAUAUUUUCUGGUGCAACCGAAAUUCAAAGUGAGAAAAGCUUUCCCGAUUUGGAGAGUAAGACUAAGCUUGAAAAAAGGGUCAAUCUUGUUAGAGUUGGUGAUAAGGAGGCCAACCAACAAGCAGAGGAACAAAAUCCAGUUGAUGGUUAUACAGGUAAAGAGGCUGGGGUGUCAAAGGUACCAGUCGAUUGGAAGGACCAAUCAGCUUCUCAGGCCCAAGUCAGGUCAUUCUCUGGUGGAGCAGACCCAGUUGGAUUGAAUGAUCGAGGGGUUUCUCAAGUAGGUGCUAAGAAUUUAUCGAGCAGUGAUGACAAAAGUACGGCCUUUAAAGGUGUAUCAGGCUCUGAGACAAAGGGAAAAAGCUCUGCAGAUCGAGCAGAAAUCGAUGGAGCCAAGAAUCAAGUUUCGUCCCAGGUUGAUGCUUUUGCUAAGACGGCAGGGGAUACUGAUGGUAGGUUAGGUAAUAAGAUGGAUGAUUCUGGACCAAGAGACUUUUCAGCACAUCCGUUACGUCCUAUGGGUCACCGGAGUCGUUCUCGUUCUUUUUCUAACCAAUUUGAAUACGGUGGAAUAAAACUGGAAUCCUCAUCAACUCAGUCCAUCGAAGUUGAUGGCGGCCAAUUACCUCAGCAACGGAGAUCUUUUAAAGCCGAACCUGAGGCAGUGGCUGGCAAGAACCCCGCAUCAUCAUGUACGCAUAAUCUUAAAGUAGAAGAUUUUGGAGCUCAGAAAAUGAAAUUGCAGAAACCUGAUUCGGCUGGCCGUAAACAAGUGGAGAAGUCACAAGUUGGCAGAGAAGAAAGCAGUUAUCCUCAUGAGAGAAGUAAAAUGGAUAUGAUUGGGAAAAGUGUUCCAGAUGGCCAAGAAAGCACUCCUACAACCUCAAGCAUACCAGGAGAGCGAGUUCCAAGAGUGAGGCAGACUAAGGGAAAUCAGGAGCUCAAUGAUGAACUAAAAAUGAAGGCAAAUGAACUUGAAAAGCUUUUUGCAGAGCACAAGCUCCGUGUUCCAGGGGAGCACUCCAGCUCUGCGAGGCGAAACAAUACUGCCGACGUGCAGCUAGAACAUGCAAUUGGUUCGCAGCAUAGAACAUCUUCAGCUUUAGACACUUCUCCUGCUCAAGUGGUGGAAAGAUCUGCGGUAAUAGAAUCAACGGGGAGUUCAAAUAAAAUGGAAAAUAUUUAUACAACGCCAGCAAAGUUGGUAAAUAACUAUGACUUCAGUGAUGAUUCUAGAGGAAAAUUUUAUAACAAGUAUAUGCAGAAAAGAGAUGCUAAGCUGAGAGAAGAAUGGAGUUCCAAAAGAGCAGAGAAGGAAGCCAAGAUGAAGGCCAUGCAAGACAGCCUUGAGAAAAGUAAAGCUGAGAUGAAAGCAAAAUUUUCUGGUUCUGUCGACCGACAAGAUUCCGUAGCUAGUGCUCGGAGACGUACAGAUAAACUGAGAUCAUUCAACUCUCGCUCUCAAACAAGAGACCAGCCACUGAUCAAUUCAACUCAAAGUGAGGAUGAUGGGGACUUUCCUGAGGCUUUGGAGCAGAAAUUUAAUGGGAAUGAUAGAUUGCAUAGUGAUUCAUAUGUAUCGGAUAGUGCUUCCAGAAGCAACCAUAACAAGAAGGCUUCCACAGGUAGAAAUUUAUCAUCUACCCCGCGUUCCACUGGGGUUUCAGCUCCAUACUUGUCUCUUGCCAAGGUUUCCCACUCCAGUUCUGGAAAGCGAAGAGGACAAACAGAAAAUCUUCUUGCACAGUCGGUUCCUAAUUUCUCUGAACUGAGGAAAGAAAAUACAAAACCUUCUGGUGGUGGCAAAUCAUCAGCACGCCCUCUGACGAGAAACUAUUCUCGCGGUAAAACUAGCAAUGAAGAGCCAGUCAUUAAGGAGGAGAAGCCUCGUCGUGCACAGUCUUCAAGAAAGAACUCUGCUAGUGCUAUUGACUUCAAGGAUAUAUCACCUUUGAUCAUUGAUAAUGCUGUUUUAGCACCAUUGAUAUUGGAUGAAGAGCAGAACGAUGAGAGUAUUUAUGAUAAGCAUUUGAAGGGCAUAGAAUCAAAGACUUUUCUGAGGAAGGGCAAUGGCAUAGGCCCUGGUGCUGGAACAAGUAUAGCAAAGUUGAAAGCUUCUAUGGAAUCCGAAACUUCUAAAGAUGAUGAGGAAUUUGAUGAAGUUGCAUUUGAGGGUUCAGAAAUUAUGCCCAAACGAGAAGAGGAAGAGGAGGAAGAGCAUGAGAAAAUAGAAAUUGAAUUUGCUCAUAUGGAUAAUGGAAAACUAAGAUUAAUCCAGGAAUCGGGCAGAUCAAGUAAUUCUGGGUCUGAAAUCGAGAAUUCUAUGAGAUCUCACUCUCAUUCUCAGGUGGAUCAUUCUACAAAUUCUGAGCUCCCCUCCACAUUGCCUUCGUUUCAUAAAGCACCUCAGGAUUCGCCUGGUGAGAGCCCUCGGUCAUGGAACGCACGCAUGAAUCAUCCAUUCUCCUACCCACAUGAGGCCUCUGAUAUUGAUGCAUAUAUGGACUCACCCAUUGGGAGUCCUGCAUCAUGGAAUUCACAUAAUAUAACACAAGCAGAAACUGAUGUGGCUAGAAUGAGAAAGAAAUGGGGAAGUGCCCAGAAGCCUUCUCUUAUUGCUACCUCAUCCAGUCAGUCACGCAAGGAUGUGGCCACAGGGUUUAAAAGGUUGUUAAAGUUUGGAAGGAAAAGUCGCGGGACGGAAAGUAUGGUUGACUGGAUCUCUGCUACAACAUCUGAGGGAGAUGAUGAUACAGAAGAUGGGCGAGAUCCUGCUAGUAGGUCAUCGGAAGACUUAAGGAAGUCACGAAUGGGAUUCUCAGAGGGUCAUGAUGAUGGCUUUAAUGAAAGCGAGUUGUACUGUGAACAGGUUCAAGAAUUACGAAGUUCGAUUCCUGCACCUCCAGCUGACUUCAAGCUAAGGGAAGAUCACUUGUCAGGAAGCUCCUUGAAAGCUCCACGAUCGUUCUUCUCUCUCUCAACCUUUCGCAGCAAGGGAACUGAUUCAACGUCCAGGUAAUAGAAACGACAGAUUUCCAUUUGAGAUCACUGUCAUGUUAUCCUUGAGUAGAGUAUAACAGUUUACUACUGUGUAAGAUACAAGUUCUUGAAGAUAAUAGCAAAACAGACUCGAGGUCUGCAAUUCGAUCAUGUACAUGUUAAUUCGAUUCACAGAACCGACCGCCUACAUCAUUAGGUAGUUAAGUUACACCUGUUAGUUGUCUUGAAUUAAUCAAGUAUACUAUAUUGAACGAUGAGUUAACUGUUGGCAGAAUGUCAUUGUGAUUUUGGUAGGCUAGGAGCAUUUUUUUUUCCCUUUGGCUCUGCUCUUCAUUUGCUCUGACAGUUUAGUUUUGUGUGCUGUAUAUCUGAAGGAGCCCGUGUCAAGAACAGAAUUGUUGAGCGUGAUAUAAUUAUGCAUAAUAAAAGCUUUUUGCACCACUACUCUG